CUUCAAAACUGAAAAUCCUAAUGCCACUUUUAAUGAAGAUUCGAUUGGAGGAGCUAGCCAGUGCAUUACUGAGGCCUGCAAGGAGCUGGCAACCACCUACGAGAAUGCAGUUGUAGAAAGACUUGAAAAUAUAUUGAGAAGAUUUUUGUAAUACCAAAUUCAAAUUAUGUUUGUUUCCAUGGCUCCGAAGGACGUCGAUAAUAUUGUUAUAAAAUAUGGAUAUCAGUAUGUAUGCCAAGGUGAAGCGGUAUGGCCUGAACAGAAAUCACUUGAAGACCCUAUGAUCAAACGAAGAAUCGAUGAACAAUGCCUGCCACUUAAAAACAAACUCAAUGCUAGAGUUAGUAUAAAAUCAUUAGCUGAUAACCCUGGCUCUUUUGUUCCUCUGGUGUUUCAUAUACUGGCUGUCUUUGAAAGGGAACAUCAAUCCCAUAAAGCGUUUGACGUUAGAAGACUUCCUUUACCAAGGCUGUUCAAUGUAUUCCCUUCACCAUCAUGCCAUUGGCGAUCAGUGACAAUUUCGGUCAAUGCAUUAGCAGCAUUUCUUCCUGGUGAACCACUCCCCAGAGGGUAUAAUGAUCAGCUGCAUUUAUUUCACAAGGUAUUUGAUUUUAAACCGCUUAGAAUUAAAUCGAUUGAAUCUUUAUUACUCACUGGAUCAAAUAAGAGGCUCUUUGGUAACCUGAUCAGAUCAGACAGUUUUUCUGUUAAUUUCGUUUUUAACAAACGAACAAUCAGAGGAAAACGUUUAACCAAGCAAAUCAAUCAAGUUGAUCUGAUCCUGGAUGAUUUUGAGCAGCAUGAAGUUGACAGCCACUAUUUACCAAUAGCCGUAGAUCCAGGAAGAAAAAGGGUCUUCACUGCAUUUGCUGGUUCAAGUAGUAAUAUUAACGAUUUCAGACAAUGUUCCAUCAAGGAAUAUUACUACUUGACAGGCUCUACAAAAUUAUCAGCAGAGCAAGAGAAGAAAAAGAAAGCAUGCGGUAUUAAGACGAUUGAAACAAAUAUACCCACCAAUAAGACUGCCAAUGAAUCACUGUAUAUGGAGUAUGCCAUUUAUAUGCUCGAAAACAUUGGUCGUAUUUUCAGUUUUUACAAUCAAGAAACUGCAAAAGAAACCUUUUUCUUAUACCAGGGUCGCCAACGAGCACCGGAGCAAAUGGUAAAAAUGUUGUUAGAUGGUAUCAAGAAAUACAACAAGAAGUCAAGAGGAAAUAAACUAAAAAGGGCAAAGAACAAAGGGAAGCGGAAGAAGAAGGGGAAUAAUUCCGGAAAGAAGGAUAAAGAAAAGAGAAAAAUGACACCGAAAACAACAGAAAAAAGAGAAAGCAAUUUCUUUCAGUACAAACAGAAGGUACCACUGAUAGUAUUUGGUAGUGGCAUGUUUGGGAAGGACCAUGUGAAGAUGAAAACAGUCCGGACUGGUGUCACUGGUCUUCUAUACAGAACGUUGAAAAGAAGAGAGAGGACUGGUGACUUACUCGUUGUGGACAUUGAUGAAUAUUUGACGUCCUAAAUAUGUUCCAAAUGUGAAAGUAGGACUUUGGGUGGUAUUAGUGGUGCCCGCGGUAAUAGUGUUCUCGUUUGCAAGACGUGCAGAACAUUAUGGCAGCGUGACAUCAACGCUAGUUUGAAUAUGAUGAACAUUGCCAAGUCAAUUUGGAAGGGUGAAGGCCGUGCAGAACGAUUCAAGAGAAAUUAAAAAAAACAACAAUCGUCGUAAUAAACACGGUAUUUCCUUCAGGAAUUAAGAUUGUUACAGGUAAAGUCAUCUAACAUGCUAUUGUACCU